AUGCCGCCAAAGUCCUCGAUACGGGCGGAAGAAUGGGACCGCCGCCUCCAUGAUGUUCAGAUUACGAAAAACGACCUUAACAGACUCAUCAUGGACUAUCUCGUGAUCGAAGGCUACAAGUCGGCGGCAGAAGAAUUUAGCCAAGAAGCCAAUCUUGCGCCCCCUGUUGACUUUGAGAGUAUCGAAAGCCGUAUGGACAUCCGUGAGGCACUUCAGCGAGGCGAUGUUGAAGACGCCAUUAUCCGGGUGAAUGACUUGAAUCCAGAGAUUCUGGAUACAAAUCCUGCGCUAUACUUUCGGCUGCAACAGCAGAAGCUGAUUGAACUUAUACGGCUGGGAAGAAUAUCGGAAGCACUUGAGUUCGCACAGGAGGAACUUGCACCACGAGGAGAGGAAUCACCCGAGUUUCUUUCUGAGCUGGAACGAACGAUGUCGCUGUUGGCGUUUGAGGCCUCUGCAGCUGCGCCAGCUGGCAUCUCUGAAUUGCUAUCGCCAGCGCAGCGAAUGAAGACGGCUGGAGAGGUGAACGCUGCAAUCUUGGAGAGUUUGAGUCAGGGGAAUGAGGUGAAGUUAGUUGGGUUGCUGAAGCUUUUGUGUUGGGGAGAAAUGUUGCUAGAAGAACGGGCAGAGUUUCGCAAAUUGAACGUAGUUGAAGGAUCUUUGGUAGAUAGUGUCCAUGUGUAG